CUCACUCUUUUCGUAUCAACUAGACUUUCAGAAUAUACCAAAGAUUUUAUACUAACUUCGCCGUACUUUCUUCUAAAUAACUCACUAAUGGCUUCUCCGAAUAGGAUUGUCGAGCUUUCCUCGACUAUUGCUAGGGAGACUGCAAAACUUGACAGUUUCUUUACCGAGAAUGGAUUGCCUACGCCCUCUCUUGAAGCCGAUGCGCUCUGGACUCUGCCUAUACCAGAGUCUGCCAAAGAUUUGCAGAUGUCUCGGGUAGCCAUCAUGGAAGCUUGCACUGAGCUGAAAGCAUUAGUGACUGGUCCAAAGACCUUGUUGCGAUCUGAUUGGACUGCAUAUUCCAGCGUUAAAACAAUUAUUCGCUUCAACCUAGACAAGUCGUUUCCUAUAGGCGAGUCUACCUCGUUCGAAGCAAUGUCAAGCUUCUCCGGUCUGAGUGUGAGCAACAUUCAGCGAAUCGUCAGGCACGCCAUCAUCAACCAUAAUUUAUUUCUAGAGAAAACGCCAGGCGUGAUCACCCACUCAAUCCUUACAGCCAUUACAGCUAGUGAUGAGAUGGCGCGGGCCGCCCUCCUGGUUGAACUAGACGAAUUCUGGCCUGCGGCAACCAAGCUGGCCGAUGCACUGCAAAAGUGGCCGAAUUCCGAAGAGAACACCGAAACUGGGUUCAACCUCGCCCACAAUACCGAUAAAAGCAUGUAUGAGACGUUUGCUGAAGACCCUGCUCGUGCGGAAAAUUUUGGAAAAUAUUUCUUCGCAGACAUAGACCCGCCUAAUUUACUGCCGGAUAAUUAUCCCUGGAAAGGCGACGAGACGGUUGUAGACGUCGGAGGGUCGCACGGCAGCAUGUCUAUCAGUCUUGCUAAGCGAUUCCCUAACAUGAAGUGUAUUGUCCAAGAUCUAAAGGUCCAUGUGGAGGAAGGGGCUGCUAGAUUACCCGCCGAACUCAAAGACAGGGUCACAUUCAUGCCACACAACUUCUUUAACAAGCAGACAGUAGUUGGCGAUGUGUACUAUUUCCGCUGCAUCUUCCACAACUGGGCCGACAAGUACUGCAUCCAGAUUCUCCGGAACCUCAUACCUGUUCUUAAACCCGGUGCCAAGAUUGUGAUUCACGACCGUAUGAUGCCAGAUACUGCGAUUGUGAACAAAGCAGAUGCCCGAAGAACAAUUAUCAUGGAUAUAGGAAUGCUGCAGCUCCUGAACGCGAAGGAACGAGGAUCUAAAGAAUGGCCCGAGUUAUUUCGCCAGGCUGAUCCCCGUUUCAAGUAUCUAGGUGCCCGCCACCCGCCAGAUGCUAUGAGAUGGAUCAUCGACGCAGAAUGGCAAGGGUAGAGCCCUAUUAAGCCCUCUGGAAGAUCCCUUACGCGAUUAUAUCUGCUCAAGGUUCCAACGUUGGCAGUUGUAUUGUGUUGUCAUAAGGAUGAGCUGUAUAUGCCAAGCAACCGGUAACAAAGUCGAAUUUACAUCUUCUACUUCCUUGCCAGGUUAUUUUCGUAGGUAUUAGAUACCUAGGUAGGUACCUCACCUACGUAGCUGUCAAAUAUGAAUGUACUGCGCUGGUG